GAAGUUCACUUCUUCAGAAUUCAGUUCAACCUUAGGAUCCAACAAGAACACUCAACAAUGAAUUCAAUCAUUCUUUUCUCUGCCUUUUUGGCCGUCGCUUUCUGCGCCCCAGUCGAGGAAUCAUUCGUCGAUUUCGCUGAAGACACUUUGGGAAACUACAAGCUGAAUUACAUUACCAAGAACUCGUCCAGGACUGAGGAGAGGACUCAAGAUGGAAAGGUUAUUGGAAGUUACACUUUCUUGGACACCGACAGCGUGAAACAUACUGUAACUUAUGUUGCUGCUGAAGAAACUGGAUUCAACGUCGACAGCGCUGAUCUUCCUGUUGCUGUACCAGAGACUGAAGACAAUUUGAAGACACGCGCUGAGCAUCUCGCUCUUGUAGAACACGAGAGAGCCAUCAACCCAAAGUCCGAUAUCGAAGAAGUACCUGUACCAGUUGAAGAUGUUUUAACUAAAUUGGUUUUACCUGAAAUCGCGUCUUUACCCGCCAUUGCCGUGCCUGAAGAUGAUGCUGAAACCGCUGCUGCUAAGGCCGAACUUUUGGCUGCUUACGCUGAAGCCUUGGAUCGUUUGGCUGUAGAAUAUAAGAAGCUGGCUUAA